AUGGCCGACUACAACAAAGAGGCUCAGGCCUACAAUGGCAUCAAAGGGGGGAGUGAGGAGGAACGACACACCGACAAUGAGAGCACCAUUGACGCCCAGAACUUUUCUUACUCUGAGGAUCGCAAGAUUGGCAUAACAGGUGCCGUCUUUUUGAUCUUGAACAAGAUGAUUGGAACAGGAAUUUUUUCCACGCCUUCAAGCAUUUUUGCGGCAACUGGCUCGGUCGGGAUUUCCCUCAUGCUCUGGGUGAUCGGCGGAUUCCUCACCUUUUGCGGUCUCAGCGUGUUCCUUGAAUUUGGCCUCGCAAUUCCUCGAUCGGGCGGUGAGAAGAAUUACCUCGAGCGUGUCUACCGUCGACCUCGAUACCUGGCAACCUGCGUCUUGGCCUCCCAGAUGAUUCUUCUUGGCUUUUCUUCGGGAAACGCCCUGGCUUUCGGUCGAUAUAUCCUCUUUGCCUCUGGCAGGGAGACUCCUGACGGUUGGGAGGCUCGUGGCAUCGCUGUUGCGUGCAUCACUUUUGCUGUCGUCCUUCACAGCACCCUACCGAAGUGGGGAAUUCGACUCUUCAACGUCUUGGGUGUGUUCAAGGUUGUGAUCCUGCUGUUCAUCGUCUUUGCUGGAUUUGCAGCUCUUGCUGGCCACCGCCGUGUGCCAAACCCUCACAACUUUGAGCACGCCUUUAGAAUCGAAGAGGGAGACGGAUACGGAGGUGGAGGAGCAUACGCUUACUCGAAUGCCCUGUUGAACAUCAUCUACAGCUACAAGGGCUGGGAGAACGCCAACUACGUCGUGAGCGAGUUGAAGCACCCCCGAAAGACGCUCUCCAUCGCCGCUCCUAUUGCCAUUGGCGGUGUCACGAUUCUUUACGUCUUGGCCAACGUCGCAUACUUUGCAGCCAUUCCCAAGUCUGAUCUUGCCAAGUCGGAAGUUAUCGUGGCUGGUCUCUUUUUCCGCAACAUCUUUGGACAGAGUGCUGCUGCGAGAAGCUUGCCUGCUUUCGUUGCCUUGAGCAACUUGGGUAACGUCUUGGCCGUGUCUUUUGCGCACGCUCGCGUCAACCAAGAGUUGGCCAAGGAAGGAAUGCUGCCUUUUAGUCGUUUCUGGGCUUCUAACAAACCUUUCACUGCUCCAGCUGCAUCUCUCUUCCUUCACUGGAUCGUCACGGUCAUAGUCCUGCUCGCACCUCCAGCAGGCCCUGCCUACAACUUUAUCGUCAAUCUGUACACAUAUCCCGGCGCGUGGAUCAACGGCUUCGUCACAGCUGGUCUCAUCUACCUCCAUUACAAAAAGUCGGAGAACUGGUCGUCCCCCUGGCACACCUACCUUCCCAUCUCGGUUAUCUACAUUCUCGCCAACAUCUUCCUCGCCCUUGUUCCCUUCAUUCCACCUGAUGGAGAUAUCAACGCGGAUGGGUACCCGUACUACGUCUUCCCUGUUGUUGGUGUCGGUGUCUUGAUCCUAGGAGGUGUUUACUGGAGUCUCUGGACAAAGGUUCUUCCUCGUAUUGGAGGCUACAAGGUUGUUGCUGAUCGGAGUUUUGAUGAGAAUGGUACCGAGGUUGUCAGAUACCGCAAGGUUGCUGUCAAGAGGGAGUAG